UUUACAUUUACUUUCAAGAUGUCUACGAAACAGUCGGACAUUUUCAAGUUUAAUAAAUUUUUUUGGACAUUUUUCGCUCUAUGGCCCGGGAACAUACCAUACAAAUAUUACAAAUACUUUUCCUUUAUUUAUAUUACGAUCAACUUCAUUAUUUACAACAUUUUACUCUCGAUAAAUUUGAUUCAUACACCAAGAAAAGUUGAGUUACUUAUUCCAGAAAUGCUGUUUUACUUUACUGAAGUAACUAUAGCAGCUAAAGUCCUGAUGAUGUUUGUGUAUCGAAGCAAGGUAAAAGCGAUUUUGGAUCUCAUAGACUGCGAUGAAUUCAAAGGCGAUGAUCCUGAAACUAAGAGUAUUAUUAAAAAAGACAAUGCAAUCUACAAAAGAGGUUGGGUAACAUAUGCGAUUUUAGGCAACUUUGGAUAUUCAACUUUAGUAAUUUUACCAUUGAUAGCGAGUCUUAUUUGGAAAAAAAAAUUGGAACUACCUAUUUGUAAAUACUAUUUCCUUCCCGAUGAAUUCCGACAUAAGUAUUUCAAAUAUUUGCAUAUUUAUCAAUCAUUUGGAAAAUAUGGCCAUAUGAUGUACAAUGUGAAUAUAGAUUCAUUUAUUGCUGGUUUAAUGUUAAUAGCAAUCACUCAAAUGAAAGUACUUAAUUAUAAACUAACAAACUUGAAAGGGAAUGCCAGCUCCAAAGAGGAUAGAAAAGAACUGGAAAAUGCACAAAUCGUGAAACUGAAUGCAUGUCUGCGACAUUAUGACAUCCUUCUAAGAUAUUGUACGAGUUUUCAAGAUAUGUCGGAUGUAGUCUUGUUUGUACAAUUUGGAAUGGGGUCAAUAAUCAUAUGUGUGACAUUAUAUGGACUAUUAUUGCCAUCGAUUAAGGAGUCAACGAUGUUUAUGGUCUCUUAUGUCGUGGGAAUGUUAAGUGAAAUUUUUAUUCCUAGUUUUUUGGGAACACAAAUCUCUUAUCAGAGUGAAAAAUUAGUAGAUGCAGCAUAUAACAGCGAAUGGAUACCAAGAUCCGAAAAAUUUAAGAAGAGUUUGAAAAUUUUUAUGGAACGCGCUAAAACACCUAUUGUAUUAACAGGCCUGAAACUGUUCCCUCUAUCUCUGACGACAUUUAUUUGGGUUACAAAAACAGCAUAUUCCUUUUUAACACUUGUAAGAAAUGUUCAAGAUCGGCAAGAAGGAAAAAUCUAAAUGUUUUUUGUAAAAUAACGAAGAAAAUCUAUUGGACAUUACACGGCGCUGUCCAGUCCUAAACAAGUAUUAUGUGGGCAUUACAUAGAAAAAUAUUAGUACUUUACUUUUUUAAAUACAUAUAAAUUAUAUAAAAUACAUAUAUAUAUAAUUUUUAUAUACUAACAAAAAUUAUAUAUAUAUAUGGAAUUUCAUUGAGUUAGUACUCGUAUGUAUGUAUAUAAUAUAUCUUUGGGUAUAUAUGAUUUUAGAGAUUAGGUUUUCCUAAAUAAUUAAAUUUUACAGUCAUAUUUAAACUUAGUAACUUACUAACUUAGUGACUUUGCUUUUCUAGUAGAGUGGAAAAAUAUAUUUCUGAACUUAUCUUGACUGAUAUAUAUUAUUUUCAAAAAAAUUAUUCGCGUAAAAAAAAGGGAAAAAUUUACAUAGCAAGAACAGAUCAUGCAAAUGUUGGUGUAAUAAAAACUAUUCGUGUUUUUAUUAAAUUAGCUCCCGUAAAUAAUGAAUUAUGUAUAUUUUUAUGACAUUUAAAAAAUCGUCAUAUUAUUAUAUUUAUAGUAUUUGUUAUAUGUAUAAUAAUGUUAUUGAGAAAAAAAAAAAAACAAAUCAAUUGUAUAAAAUUAAACAAAAUUAGCAUAGAAUCAACACGAGAGUAAACUCUUUCGAAGGUUAACAGAUUAAUCAUCACAUUAGCAAAGAUAAUUCUUAUCAAAGUAAACUCGAAGUGAACACUUCAUUAUAAAAUCGAUUAAAUAAAUACAGAUGAAUUAUGAAACUCCUUCCCCUUCGAAGGUGGCUAUAAAUCAUUUACAUUUUGCAUAUAGAUAUAAAAUAUAAUACACGUUCGUAAGCUCAUACAUUGUACACUUAGUUAAUUAGGAACAUUGCAAUUAAGAAGCUUUUAAACUUGACGCUGUAAGUAUGUAUAGUACGCUGUAUCUAUUCCUUCAUAUUCUCUGUAAGUAAUAUUUACUUAAGGUACAAUCUAAGUGUUAUAAUACCUACAUAUAGUCUUAUAUGACUACCUAUUUAUUAUAAUCAUCGUUACUUCACUAUGCUAUUCCUAGUUCGGUAUAUUGUAUACGUAAUAUUGUAGCAAUUAAUACUGAAUAAAGCCUAUUAAUGUUAAACUAACACUAUAUAGUAUAUGUAAACCUUUAUUAUUUUAUUUUUAUUAAGAUGAGCAAAAUAAUAUUGCUUUAAAAUUCACUAGUAGAUACAGUAUUUAUCAGAGAAGACAGUUGUACCAUAUUUUUCCUGGCAAUAAACACAUUAACGUCUUUCUUA